AUCAUCGCUCGUCUUAUAAUAUAAAAAGAAAAUGAAAAUAUUGUUGGAAUUUAUCUCAAUACUUUAUAUCAUUAGCUUAUCGUCGGUGGUUUACGCGGGGCAAUUGUGCGACAAAGAAAUAUACGAUGCUGAGUUUCAUAUUCGAGGAAGAAAUGAGACUGUCAAAAAAAUUGAAGUUCUUGCCAUUUGGUCGCCCAUGCGCACAGGAUGGCACAAAGUCAACCAGUUGUGUUCAAAUUAUACAGGAUUGCCGUUAGAGAGAAAGUGUUAUCGUAGUAAUGAGACCAAAACAGCAACAUGGGACACCGAUGUUAGAGGAAUUGAACUACUGGAAUGUGAUUUUAUACCCAACAGCUGUGUGUCAGAAUCCUUUGUACAUGUCUAUCUCAAGAAAAACAAAGUACACCAACGGCAUGUCAAUACAUGGCCUUCAGCAAAGCUGGGAGAAUAUGCUAAGACCAAAGAUGUUUGUCUGCUUGACACUGGUCUGCCUUUGACACGUAAAUGUGUUUACAAUAGCAAAAACUACACGGUCAAUUGGGAGCAGGGGGAAAAGUACAAAAACAUACAAUGCCUGCUCGCAUUGGAACAAAAAAUAGUGACCCUCAACCUAACUAAUCUCUACAAGGAAGUGGAAGCCGAUAAUAAAACAAAUCAGGAAGCAGUCAAACAAUUGACAGAUAUAUUAUCCCAGCCUGAUACCGUGAGAAUAGCUACAGAUCUUGAGAUCUCUACCAACAUAUUGGAGACCAUCACUGCGACGGACAAGAGCCCAGAACUUAUGCCGAAAGUGGUCGAAGUCACCAACCUGAUAAUGCAUUCCAACGAGAAUGCUGUCAACAGUUCGAAACAAAUAGAAACCCCAACCAAUUUGUUGAAAACCGUCGAAACCUAUUUGGAUGAUAUGGCCGAUGUUAUAAUGCCAACGUACAAAUGCUCAGAGAUCCCAAGUGGAGUUAAUAAAAUCGAAGAGGAUCUUACCAGUGUUUUCUUUAUAAAUCCGCAUUGUUCGAAUAUAUCCGGCAUUGCUGUGUAUAGCAUGAAAAACCCGCAAGAAACAUCGAUUCUGUAUGACACUGCCACAAAGACAUAUUUUCGUUACAUACAUUUGAAUCAAACGCUGGAGGAGAUUUUAAAUGAACCUCAUCUGGAGGUAGCCAGCUUUAUUCCCCAAGAUGUGUGGCAAACAUUGCAAAAGGAGGCAUCGGAAAGUGUGACAGCUAUACGAUUUUCUCUAUACCGUAAUGGGAAUUUCUUUGUCAAUAAUAAGGACAAUGAAAUUACACCGGCAAGUGUUAUUAUGAAGAUGUCGCUACCUGGAUAUACAGAUGACUUACCCGGAUCUGUACCCCUCAUAUUCGGUAACAACCACGAGAUCUCUAAUGAAAAGCCCCAAUGUGGCACCUAUGACUACAAGGAGAAAUGGAAAAUGACUGGAGCCAGUGAAUUCUAUACCAAAUAUGCUGCAGUAUGCAAAAUCACACGACUCACCCCAUUUGGAGCGCUUGUAGGCAUAAAUUACAAAUAUGACUAUGACGCUGAUGAAACCGUCCUUACCAUAGCCAUGGGUCACAGUCAGGAAAUCAUAUCCAUUGUUGGUUGUGUCCUAUCAUUGUUCGGUCUGUUUUGCAUAUGGUUAACAGCCAUUUGCUUUAAAAAAUGGCGUUCACAAUCUUCCAAUAUGUUGCUAUUAAAUAUUUGUCUCGUCUUGACAUUGAUCAUGGCCUACUUUAUGAUCAUAAAUGUGCCUGAUUUACGUGAUAUGUUGAUAGAUGCAACCGAAAUCAUGCAUUGUUAUGCUGAAGGUGCCAUCCUACAGUAUUUGGUUUUAGUGCUAUUCCUUUGGAUGUUAAUCAUAGCCAUUUUGCAGUACCGCCGCUACGUAACUGUUUUCGGAACCGAACGAAGUCCUUGUGAGGUUGCAAUGUAUAUUGCAGGCGCCUGGCUUAGCCCAAUUAUACCUACAGCAGUGGUAGUGUUGUACGAUCCCGAUUCGUAUCUACCAAUUUCAGAAAAUGGCGAUGUCAUCGGCACCUUUUGCUAUCCUUCGGGAAGGAGUUUCUAUUUUGGCAUAUUUCUGCCACUUUGCGUGGUGAUUGUAGUCAAUGUUUGGAUUUUCCUCUACAUUCUUUGCAGUUUAAGGCGUUCACAGAAAAAAUUCAAAUGUUCUCGAGACCAAAAGGAUUUCACUAGGCAGGUGCACCUCGGCAUACUGCUCUUCUUUCUGUUGGGGAUAACAUGGCUAUUCGGCAUAUGCGCCCACAUAUUCAAAAGUCACCUACUGUCAUUUGCCUUUAGCCUGACAUCUACAUUGCAAGGAUUUGUGUUGUUCAUAUAUUUCGUAGUGUUCGAUAAAAGUGCGCGUAGAUCUUGGACCCAAUGCUGUGUAGGCAAAGAUUAUUACACCAUGGAGAAUAUAUCCUCGACGCCAUUAACUUAUUCUAGUUUGCGAAAUUCACGCAAAUCUAUAUAAUCGCAACGUUUGAGAACAACUCUAAUAAGUUGGCUAAUACCAGUUUAAAUGUUCAUAACAUUACAAAAAGUUAGGGUUUCAACGAAGCCUCACAAUUGAAUCGAAAGAUGUAUGAAAUCGAAGAAAAACUAAACUGAUAAACAUAUUUUGUAACAAAUUUUUAGAUCUUUUCUCGAUUUUUUUGUAUGCAC